CCUGUGGCGGCGGCUUGUUGUUGUGGAGGCUAAAAUGGCGGCUCAAGCUGCGGCGGCGGCUCAGGCUGCGGCGGCCCAAGCAGCGCAGGCCGAGGCGGCUGAGUCGUGGUACCUGGCGCUCUUGGGCUUUGCCGAGCACUUCCGCACUUCCAGCCCGCCCAAGAUCCGCCUGUGCGUGCACUGCUUACAGGCCGUGUUCCCCUUCAAGCCGCCUCAGCGCAUUGAGGCCCGAACACAUCUGCAGCUCGGCUCGGUGCUCUACCACCACACCAAGAACACCGAGCAGGCGCGCAGCCACCUGGAGAAGGCGUGGUUGAUAUCACAGCAAAUCCCACAGUUUGAAGAUGUUAAGUUUGAAGCAGCGAGUCUUCUGUCCGAGUUAUACUGUCAAGAGAAUUCCGUGGACGCAGCAAAGCCGCUGCUGCGGAAAGCCAUCCAGAUUUCCCAGCAGACCCCGUACUGGCACUGCCGCCUGCUCUUCCAGCUCGCUCAACUGCACACACUUGAGAAGGACCUGGUGUCGGCCUGCGACCUCCUGGGUGUGGGAGCCGAGUACGCCCGGGUGGUGGGAUCUGAGUACACACGGGCACUGUUCCUGCUCAGCAAAGGGAUGCUGCUGCUGAUGGAGCGCAAGCUGCAGGAAGUCCACCCACUGCUGACCCUCUGUGGACAGAUAGUUGAGAACUGGCAAGGGAACCCCAUCCAGAAAGAGUCUUUGCGUGUCUUCUUCCUGGUGCUCCAGGUGACCCACUACCUGGAUGCUGGGCAGGUAAAGAGCGUGAAGCCAUGCCUGAAGCAGCUGCAGCAGUGUAUCCAGACCAUCUCCACACUGCACGAUGAUGAGAUCCUGCCCAGCAACCCCGCUGACCUCUUCCACUGGCUGCCCAAGGAGCACAUGUGCGUGCUUGUCUACCUGGUGACUGUGAUGCACUCCAUGCAAGCAGGCUAUCUAGAGAAGGCGCAGAAGUACACGGACAAGGCCCUCAUGCAGCUGGAGAAGCUCAAGAUGCUCGACUGCAGCCCCAUUCUGUCCUCCUUCCAAGUGAUCCUGCUGGAGCACAUCAUCAUGUGCCGGCUCGUCACAGGUCACAAGGCCACCGCGCUGCAGGAGAUCUCCCAGGUCUGUCAGCUGUGCCAGCAGUCACCUCGGCUCUUCUCCAACCACGCCGCACAGCUGCAUACACUGCUGGGCCUGUACUGUGUCUCUGUCAACUGCAUGGACAACGCCGAAGCCCAGUUCACCACAGCUUUGCGGCUCACCAAUCACCAGGAGCUGUGGGCCUUCAUCGUGACCAACCUGGCGAGUGUGUAUAUACGGGAAGGAAAUAGACACCAAGAGGUACUGUACAGUUUGCUGGAGAGGAUCAAUCCAGACCACAGCUUCCCUGUCAGCUCACACUGCCUCCGAGCAGCGGCUUUCUACGUGCGUGGGCUCUUCUCCUUCUUCCAGGGACGCUAUAACGAGGCCAAGCGUUUUCUGCGGGAAACCCUGAAGAUGUCCAAUGCAGAGGACCUGAAUCGGCUCACAGCCUGCUCCCUCGUGCUCCUAGGCCACAUCUUCUAUGUGUUGGGAAACCAUAGGGAGAGUAACAACAUGGUGGUGCCCGCCAUGCAGCUGGCCAGCAAGAUCCCAGACAUGUCAGUGCAGCUGUGGUCAUCGGCCCUGCUAAGAGACCUGAAUAAAGCCUGUGGGAAUGCCAUGGAUGCCCACGAAGCCGCCCAGAUGCACCAGAACUUCUCGCAGCAGCUACUUCAAGACCACAUCGAGGCCUGCAGCCUCCCUGAGCACAACCUCAUCACGUGGACAGACGGCCCACCCCCUGUGCAGUUCCAAGCUCAGAAUGGACCAAACACCAGCCUGGCCAGCCUCCUGUGAGACCCCUGGACGGGGCCUCUCAACUUCUCCACACCUCCGUGGGGACCUGGUGUGUCCCUGACUUCCACCCAGAUGGCACUUGAGCUUUCCUUGGAGACGUGCUGGCAUGGCUGUCUUCAGGCUUCUUUCCCGACUGUCUCCAGAGCACCCAGGUCCCUGGGGAGCGUGGAGGGCUGAUUCCUGUCCUCCCAGGAAGGGCCAACUGGCCAUUCUUGCCAGGUACCAGGAGUCGGAGUGCUGUGGCUUGCCAUUGGGAUGUUGGAGCCGACUUUGCAGAGCCAUCCUUCAAAGUGGAUUUGAACUGCCAGUCCUGCUUCCAUGUCUGAGUCAUAUCUUCAAGAGAGUGUCUUGGUAGGGAAGGGGGUGUUGGCCGUCAUCCAGGUCCUGACCCUGCAUGCACGGGUGGUUGGUGCCACCGAGGUACCACAUGACUUCCACAGGCCUCUGUGCUGGGCCAGAGUGUUUCCUCUGCUCAUGGCAGCUUCCUGCGCCCAGAGGCAAGAUGCCAGUUUCUGACCCACAAUUAGAGGGAAGAAGUGAUGGUGCCUGUCAGGGACGGAAAUGCUUGUCUCACCCCAGUGCUUUUCCUGACUUGCCUUUCUGUUCAGCAUCCAUCCUUUUGGCAGCUGGGGCCUCUAGCUAGGGCUCCUGGGGGACCCCGGAACUUGACUUCUGAACAUCUGCACCUUGACUGGAUUCACUGUCCAGCUGUGGGAGCGCACCUGCUGGGGUUGAUCUACGUGUGUGCCUGUGUGUUGCUUCCCAGCCAGAGCUGGUGCCUGGAGCUGAGACUCCUGUGUUCGUUUCAGCCGCCUUCUGCCUGUCAGAGUUCAUAGUGCAGGGCGGGAGGGGCCUUUCUCAUCCCAGCUCAGCUCUACCACCUUGCAGCAGCCAUUUCCUUUGUACCCUGCCCUGUUUUUAGAAGGGAGGAGGAGAAGACCUACCUGCCUUGGGUCUUGGGAUAGCAUUGUAACCUCUUCCCGAGCUGGACCCCAGGAGGCUCUGCCAGGCCCAGGCAGCCAUUUUUGGUUCUGUGCUCCUCUUGAAUAGUCGAGGAGAUGCCCCGGGUAACGGUGACAUUGGGGGCCGUCACGGCAGCAGCCCGGCCCCAUUUGGCUUCCAGUGCCUGGGAGGAUCUCCCUGAUGAGGGUGGUGUGCGGUUUUGCUAGUUAUGGCUGCUUGUUGGUUCAAGUCUUGUUCCCUAACACUGUGAAAGCUGUUUCUCAAAGCCUCAGUGUCUGUGACGAAAGGAAUGUUGGGAUUGCUCAGGUCAGCCACUUGGGCCCCAAGGCCUGAGUGUGCCUUAGCCACUAGCAGGGCUAUCAGCAGACCUCCUUGUUCUGGGUCACUGCCCACAUCAAGGCCCUGCUGCCCUCUGGGGGCCAGCAACAGGCAUGCAAGUAAGCUACUGAAUGAAGGGACAGGCUGGUUGAAAGGACAGGCUGGCCAAGUUUUGUUCCUGGGUCACUUGAGAGUCCAGCCCUGUUCCGUGCUCCUUGGGGCUGCCCCUGGGUCUCUGAGGCCUGCAGAGGUGGUCUGCUGCCUGUUCAUGAGCUGUCACCAUCCUGUCUCCCUCCCCCUUUGAGGAUCCCCCCCGCACAGGUCCUCUUCCACCAAAGGGACAGAGCACCUGUCGAUACAAGUUGCACCUGCUAGCCUGGACUCCACACUGUGCAGCCUCUCCAGACCCACAUUUCUUCAGUCCUGCUUUACGUUGUUUGAGUAUUUAUUUAAACCUUUCUUUGCUUCUAGGGCAUUUUGUAUGUAGAGCAGUUGAAAUAAGAACCUCAGAACUUAACGUCUUGUCCUGAUGUUGAAGUGCUUUUAGUGACCACUCUUGUUAUCUAUGUGUGUGUAAAGUUAAGGGUAAGUUGUUAAGUUUACAGUUAAAAAUUCAGUACUUGAUAUUUAAUAUUCCGCUCUAGCUUUAUGGAAGCCAACCUGCAUGUACAUGCAUGCGUGCAAGCUUUGAACUUCCCCUUCAUUGCAGCACCUUUUAGCUACAUAAAGCUGUAGUAAAUACCCUCCUGUAAGUCCAAAUUCAGUGCCUCACAGUUUCUCAAUCGUAAGAAUUUAAGACACACUGCACACAAGCCCCAGAGAUACAUUAAAGCCAGUGUCAUAUAGCUGGGUGUUCAGAAAAAACAAAAACUCCAAACCCUUAAGCGCACGUGGGGUGUGAGGGAGUAGCAGAAAGAUUGCUCUUGCAGGUUAAUUGUUGAAAGCUGUCAGACUCCCUUUUGUGUGCCUCCUGCUUCUUCCUGUCAGUGGUGGUGGCCCUCAGGUCCUGCGGUUCUGAGGAUGCCAGUCCUGAGGUCCAGGAGGUGCCGGUUCCCUCUCAGACACAUAGUUGGACCCCCACAGUCACCCAUGGGGGAGGCCAGGGUCCUCCCCCUGGGGUAAGCACUCCCCAUCCCACUUAUUGGGAACACAGGCAGGGAAAUCCAAAAGGGCUGUCUGGCACGGUGGGUGAAAUGUGUUGGUUGCAUCAUCUUUGUUUCCUUAGAGGGUUUUUUAAUGUAUGUUUGGCAUACUGUCUUUUAAUGGAUUUUCAGUGUCUUAAGUUUUUAGCCGCCUGUAUUUUCAGCUGGUGCUUUUAAUCACGAAAAAAAAUUUUUUUGUAAAUACAAAGCAUUGUUUAAAAGAGCCAUAGAACAUAGCAUCUUGUUUGUAGAUUUCAUUUCCUAUGUAUUCAAAGUAAAAUAACUUGCAGGAGCCAUCA